AAGAACCAGCUUGAACAACAAUGUUUUUCUGUUUUAUUUUACUCUACAAUGCUCCUUUGCGCAGUGUUAUUGUUCCUCUGUUUAUGUGAAGGGAACGCAGAACAGUGUCCUAAUGUGAAGACGUCGCUGGGUGCAAUACGGAAGCGACGGCACUUGGUGUUCCCCGAUUCUGCUAAUGUUGUGCUUACUAUGUCUCUGGUAAAAGCGUUCAUGACCCACGCUCCGUCUGGUUGGAAUAUAGCUUUAGAAAUUGAUGUUUUAUACCCGUUGCCAGAUGAAAAAUUCCUGAACGAGCACAGACGAAAAAAGUACCACAGACAAAAAAGAGACUUCUGGGAACGACUGGAGAAAGCUAUAGAUUUCCAUAACCUGAACGGUCGAGCGUGUAUCCUACGCAGCAUUUGUGAGAGUGAGCGCCAUCUUGCUCCAAAAGGGAAAUCCUUAGUACAUGAUAUAUUGAGAGCAAUAUUCACAGCGCCUAUACAAGAAGAGGAUUUCAUGAAUGAAAUCGGGGACACAUACAGAGAAAUGCUUCAACCAAAGUUAUGUGAUAGCCACAACGACUGUCCAUUUUCCAUCCUCAGUUUUGUAUUUGCAUUGGGUAAACAAAAUAAAUAGGCAAUAAGAGUACAUACGGUAAUUAGUAUCUAGCGAAAAUGUAUUAUAUUGACAAAUAUAUUUUUUAAGU